CAGGCAUGCACGGAGCCCCACAGAGGUGUACCCAUCUGAUGCUUUCUGUGAUCUUUACCGGUUGAAUCUUCACAAGCAAUUCCUUUUUAAACUCACUUGAGGAACUGUAUCGUGGUCCUUGUGCUCCUUUAAUUCUCAGACAACUAAUUGCACUUAACAAGACCUUAUUACCUGCUGAAAAAUAUGACUGAAUUCUUGGUUUGUUUUAAUUGGUGCAAUGGUGAACAGCCCCAGCCGAAGAGGCGUCAGAGACUGGACCGGAAUAUGAUAGGAGAACCAAUGAACUUUGUACACACUGCACACGUUGGGGCAAGAGAGAUGAGUGGUGACUAUUCAUCAGCUGUAUCCAUUCAGGACCACAUGAAGUCUAAAGGUGGCUACACAAAUGGCACUCCUGCAGCUGCUGAGAUGUAGGAAACUGAGAGAAGGCUGAAAUCUGCUGUCUUAUAAGGACCCCCUGGACUGUGCUUUAAUUUUCUCUACAAACUCUUUAUUGUGUAGUAGAGGGAGCACCUGAACUAUAAAUAGGUCAGUGCAAACUUUGGUGUUUUUAGCACAACAGAUACCGAAGGAGUUAUUGUAAAUUAAAAUGGUCUGUCAUGGUAGUGUUGUGGUAGCAUCUGUAAUUUGUUAGAGUGGAUGAUUUCCUAGCUGUGUCCCAGAAACCUCAGAAAGUUGUCUUGCAGGAUGGGAUUGGAAGUCAGUAGGAAUCAUCUGGGGAUUUGGUCUCUGUAAUUGUCUCCCCUCAAGAAAUGCAGAUAUUUUUUUGAUUGGAAUAUACAGUGUUUGCACCUCUUACAUGGGCUAAACUGAAUUACUAAGCAGGAUCUUGUAGCCUAUAAUAUAACUUUGACCUCUUUUUUAGAUGGCUUUACAACGUAAUGCAUAAAUAUACUGAGCUGUACUUUGGUACAUUUUUUAACGUCUUUUGAUGGUGAAUGAACUCUAACAUAAUAUAGUUAGCUGAGUUUGCAAAACCCAGGGAAACUUCUGCCUUGCUGUGAUAACACUUUUGUAGCUAAAAAUGGAAGCUUUGCAAACCUACCCACUCAGGAAUGAGGCUUAGAAGACCAGAUAGUUCUUCCAAGUGCUGAGCUGCCUCCCUUCCUUACAUGCACUAGUGUGACUGACAGGUAUUACACAACAGAGUUAAUAUGCACCAGUUAAUUUCAAGGAGGGCUACAGUAUGCUCACAACUGUGUGUUAAUUUUGCAUGGCUACUAUUGAAUUUUAAACUACUUAAGAUUACUCUCUCUGUUACCUAUCAGUAACACAGGGCUUCGCUUGUCUUUCUGGCUCCUUAAUUUUGAGAUUGGUUUUGUUUUGUUUUGUGUUUUUAUUCAGAUUAACUGAGUUUUUUCUUGCAUGUGGUCUAAAUAAAAAACGUGGCUUAAGUGCUAUAGCCAUGUGAAGGAUGUGAAUAUUGUGAAAUGGUGUCCUGCAAAGUUCCAGCACUUCAUAAAUAUUUAAAUAUCCAUAAAUAUGUAGUGAUACCCAAACUGCACUUUAUUACUUGGCUCUUAUUAAUCUUUCUGUUAAGUGACAUGACAAAACUGCUGAAGUAUAGCUAGGUUUUUCUUUAAUCACUGACAACUGCUUCCCAGCUCAAAAUUCUGAAUGACUACCAGUGCAGAAACUUAGGAAAUCUGCUUGCUCUCUUGGGAUUAACUAAAUAGAAGCAUUUAAAUUGUUGCUGUAUCAGCCCCAGCUAUGGUGGAAGUCAGUGAAACUCUCUUUUGUGCUCUUAGCAUAAGAUCAUUUAUGAACUUUUUUUUGUCUGUUUAAAAAGACUUCUGACUGGAAAAUCUUCUAACUUCUAUGAUUCUGUUUGUGGCUUGUGAUACAUCUUAAAUCUAGACUGCUGUCUUUGCUGAAUUGUUAAGCUCCCUUUUCUGAGUGUAUGGGAACUGAAAAUGUGAAAGGCAGCUGCUUUGUGCUUCUGUACACAUUAAAAAAUCAACAACCUCUGUCCCCCACCCAUAUUUCAUCAUUAACAGUAAAAGAGGAAGAGAGAAUGUUACUUUCUGUAGCAGUCAACAGCUUAUCCUAACAGUCUGCAGCCACACAAAUCUAGUGUCCAUGUCAUCCUAGGUCCUUAGAAUGCAUGCCAAUUUGGAAUACAAAUGUUAAAAUUAGCAUGAGUUAGCUGUACAUUUAGCAUUUUUAAGUCUUAGGUAUUCUGACAGCUUGGUUAAGAUACAGAGUUCAAGGAAGCUAAAUACUGUACACUGUUGAGGAAGCAUAAAGUGGCCAAGCUGUUUUAAAGAACAGAUUCUAAUUCACCUGCUCUUAAAUUGAGUUAAUGUAUUCCUUUGUCCAUACCUGCCCAGAAAAAAUAGCAGUAGGCAUCUGUCAUGAAGAAAAUGGGUUGUAUUUUGUUAACAGUGUCACCUUAUGAGUAAGAUCCUGAUGUCUGCCUGUCUCAGAGCCCAGGACUCUUACUGGAACUAUUUGGCAAAAUUAAUGUUUGCCUCUCCUUCAGGUGCCCCAGUAAGGGGACAAGUUCAGAAAGGUGAAGAAUCAAAUUGUUCAACUGUUCAAAGCAACAGAUAGAACAGAUUUGGGGUUGCUGGUGAUAAAUGUAUUAACUGCAAGAUGGUCUCAGGUUAAUAAAUCCUGGGUAACAUCUGACACAGUUGGAGAUUUUGCAGUGGCUCCAAUAUAAUAGAAAUGCAGCAGAAAUUCAGUGUGUAGUGAAGACAGAACUCUCACCAAGACAGGUGUCUUUCCCUCCCAGCUGCUGGUGCUGCCCAUGCUGCACUUCUGCUGCUGGCUCAUGCUGGUACCAGUGCCCCUGCACACCAAUUGAUGCAGUGUCCCACUGCUGCACACCAAGAGGUGUCCCUCUUACAGGUUUUAUACCCUACCCCAGGCUGUCCCUGCCUUCUAGGCAACACAUUUAGCAUGAUUUGGGAGGACACCUUUGUGGAGCUUCAUUUAACACAAAUACCUGCCGACUGUAAAUGACCUUGGUCCUAAGUGUGCUAAAUCAACUUGCCUUCGGGUCCCACCGUAAGCUAAGCAGUUAU